GUUCAAAUGUACGGUCACCAAUGUCUCAAUAUUAAUGUGACUUCUGAUGCUGCAUAUUGUCGCUGAGAGCCUUGAACGACUGAUCACGUGCAACACAUUGUUCAGUUGAGUAGGAGAUUUUUUUUUUACAGAAGUUAGGUGACGCUCUUGGGUUUACCGUGUAAUCCAAAUAAAAGUAACCAAGCCAAUGGCGAAACAACACAUCAUCAUUGAAUUUGAUGAUCCAUCCUAUCGCAGUCUAGACAGGUCUAAACGCAUUGUGUUAAAGCUGUAUGUUGGGGCGAUGUAUGAUAUUUUAAAAGAAUACAUAUUUGGAGAGAAUUGAAAACUAAAAUUUGGAAUAUGAUUAUGAGUAUCAAAUGCUGUUCAUCUCUGUUGUUGUUUAUUUUGGGAUUUGGUGAAGCAAUAUCGCAAUGGGGAGGAAUCCCCCUCACUCAAAGAAUUCAGAGUGACAACAACAGAGUUCUUCAAUAUCACCAGGAACAAAUGAGACUCGCAGGAAUCAACCAUCCAGGAUCUGUUCUUGCUGAAAAUAGAGCAAUACCAGUUGCACCAUUGCAAUACCGAGAUUUUGUGACGAUCGAAAAUACUCCCAAUAAAGUAAAGGCCAACCAUACACUGAACAUCAAAUAUCAAUGCAGUCAGCCAUUUACAAUCGUGUUGUUUAUGGAUGGGAAUUAUCUUCAACUUAAUAAACCAAAUAUCAAUAAAAGCAUUUCUAUAUAUAAAGACUCUGACAUCAUAUUUUUUCGAAAAUUCUGGCAAUGCGAGAGGUCUCCCCGGGAAAGCAAAGUACAGAUACCGUUAAUUUUUCCUCCAGAACUACUCCGACCCCCAAAUUUGAUGUUACAGAAAGUAUGGACAAUGCAGAGUGUUAACUUGAAGAUUGCAAUGGUCGACAAAGCACUAUGGACGUAUCUGGAAAACGCGGAAUAUCUACUCCGUGACACAUGUCAUAUUGCAUUCGAAAAGUCUCACAAAAGCAUGGUUUUACCUCUAAAGUUUGAGCAUCCUUAUUGUAGAUCAGAGGAUGAAUUUGGCCGUUGCUUUCAUUGGCCGUAUGCAAUGAUCAACGAGGUAUUUCUAAAACAACCUCCAAAGUCACCGCACGACAGCGUUGUUACGCACCUUCUCAAACAUCCUAUCGUCUCAUCAGAAACUCAUGUUGGGAUUCCAAGGAAUUUCUAUCGAUUUAUGAAUUCCGAGAUGAGGCAAAGAAACAAAUAUAAAGAACCGAGGUACACGUUUUCAAUGGUAUUUUAUCUUGCAUCAGCUUGUGAGAAAUUGUGUGCAGUUCUCCAACAUAUCGGUGACGAUGGACACUACACUACUCCGAUAGUUUUCAUCAAUGAUAAAAGCCAGAUACAUGUCCAAGGCCAAGUUGCUGACAAUCAAUCCUACGCUUUUUACUCCGAUUGGACUGUUCCUUUGAACGAGUGGGUUCGACUUGACAUUCAACAAUAUAGUGUAAUGCUCAACGUGACAAUGAAACACGGAAAGAAUUUUACAGAGACUUCUUCAGUUAUGAAAAGCUUCCAUUUGCCGAUGAUCCAGGACUAUGAGUCGGGGUUUUUCACAGUAGGAUCAAGUAUGUAUGCGAGAAAUUUCAGAGGAAUUAUUGGAAGUGCAACACUUUGGCGAAGUAUGGUGCUAACAUCAGAAGAGAUACCCGUCCCAACACCCGACGAAGCAAUGUUUCAACUAGGAAUCGAAGAUAUGUUAAUGAAAUCUAAGAAAGUGAUGACGAUGAUAAACCAAAGAUGGGAAUUCCUGUUAUCUCAGAAAAUUAAUGAAACGAGAAAGGCUAAUUCAGAUAUAUGUCUGCCAUAUUUCCUGGAAAUAAUCCGCCCAGUGAAAGAAAAAAGUUUGGAGAAAUGUCCACUGGAGUCGGAACCGCUUCCAAAAAGCUUAUCACGGAUUGAAGCCGAACUUGUGAAAUUAUCAAAGAAACGACGGAAAGCGUCGAUCAAUGUUCAACUUGAACUUGGAGAAAGACUUUACAAUAAAGCGCUGAGGCUCAUAGAUGGCAUCGAUACGAUCAUGAAGAUGAAUUCAAUAAUCAAGGUGCUCGAAAACGCAGCAAUGCUGAACCACGGAGAAGCCUGUUCGUUACUGUACGUGAUUUACGCUAAUGGAUUCGGAACCAAUAUUGACAAUGAAAAGGCUCGCAAAUACCUCCAUCUUGGUGGGAUGCUGGGUGAUCGGAUUUCAAUAAAAAUUCUCGCACAUAAACAUCUCAAUGGAGAAGAUGAUUUCAAAAAAGAUGAAGAGAUUGCCUUUUAUUAUUACUACAAUGCCGCGCAAGCAGCCCAGACUGACAGACAGCAGCAUGUUGAAUCAAUGACUGAUGUGAACAGAGUACGAUUGACGGAUGAAAAACGUUUGAAACACCAAACGUCAGAAGAUGAAGAUUUGUUUCAAUGGCUGAAACAUCAAGCUGGAACAGGAAUGAAGGAAGCAAAGCAACAGGACUUUAUGAACACCUUGUAUAUAAUUCUACCUAUUCCAGAGGAACUUGGGACAGCUGCUCUACUGGGAAGGACCCAACAUGUGCAGGACAACAAAAUGUGGCAAAUCUGUGGAUAUAAUGUAUUAGAUUUGUUAUCAUAA